AUGCAAGCGCGUAAUACACCGGUUCCACCGAUCAAGAGUAUACCCAUUCUCUUGUUCGCAGGCGAAACAGACAGCGAAGAAGACGAUGCCUUCGCUCACUGGGUGCACUAUGUGCGUCGCCUCAGCAACAUUUUAGCUCUAAGGGCUAGUGACCAUGCGGCUGAUGUGCGUCUCGAACGCAAGCUUCGGUAUGAUUAUGCCAAGCUUAAGGCCAGAGGCCAAUUGCGCAAGCGCAAGCGCUAUGCUUCGGCUACUAAGGUAGCCGCGGGUGCUGGUCAGUCUGUGGCCAACAACCCGCCAACCUGCACCACUAGUGGUGGGGAACGGCCUUGGUCUCGAGAUGACCAUGGCCACGAUGCUCAAAAGCCUCCAAAGCAUAUGGGCAGUCUUGCCGAAGGGGGACCUCAUAUUCCCAUGAAUUUUCAGACUCAGGGUACCCAAGCCACUUUACCAGAUACUGCAAAGUCGGUGGCGGCCGGUGUACCGGUGGAGGCCCACGAGAAAUUGGUUCUCGAAGUGAAGGGUCUUCAAGAGGCCUUGGGUAAGUCUCAGUGCAUGCUGGAUGCGAUGCAAAGCCGCCUUCAGGCGAUGGAGCAAGCUCAAACUCGGAGCGAGGCUCAGUUAGACUUGCUAAUUCGCCUACAUCAAUACGGGGAAGUGCCCUUGUCGUCGGCGCAAGCGCCUCCAAGUUCACAUGGGAAGGAUCCCGGUACGGCUUAA